AUGGCGCGCACAGUUGGCGCGCAAGCGCAAACGGCGAGGCCACCUUCUCCCCUCCCCCACCAGAACCAUGUGAAACCUAGGACCCAGGCACGGAAACCUAACGACUAUACCUCCGAGGGUGUUGACGACAAUGACGUUUUCCUCCUUCCUGUUUCCGACUACCAGGUCAUGCUCGGCGCGACGAUCCUCGGCGCGAUCGUUCGUCUCUUCCGAAUCUACCAGCCCAGCAGUGUUGUAUUCGACGAGGUCCACUUCGGCGGCUUCGCUUCGAAAUAUAUCAAGGGCAAGUUCUUCAUGGACGUCCACCCUCCUCUGGCCAAACUCCUCAUCACACUCUUCGGCUGGCUUGCUGGCUUCAAUGGCGACUUCGACUUCAAGGAGAUUGGGAAGGACUAUGUCGAGCCCGGUGUCCCAUAUGUUGCCAUGCGGAUGUUCCCCGCCAUCUGUGGUAUCCUCCUGGUUCCUGUCGUGUUCCUCACCCUGAAGGCCGCUGGCUGCCGGACGUUUACCUCGGCCAUGGGAGCUGGCUUGAUCAUCUUCGAGAAUGGUCUCCUUACUCAGGCCCGUCUGAUCCUUCUCGACUCGCCUCUGGUCCUUGCAACGGCCUUCACGACCAUGGCUUUCCUCUCGUUCACCAAUCAGCACGAACUGGGCCCUACCCGGGCUUUCCAGCCCAGCUGGUGGUUCUGGCUCGCCAUGACCGGCCUCGGCCUCGGCGCAACCAUCAGUAUCAAAUGGGUCGGUCUCUUCACGAUUGCUUGGGUUGGAAGCUUGACACUGGUCCAGCUCUGGGUCCUGCUUGGUGACACCAAGACCGUCACGGCCCGGAUCUGGUUUAAGCACUUCAUGGCCCGCUUCUUCUGCCUGAUUGUUAUCCCGGCCACCUUCUACCUGUCCAUGUUUGCCAUCCACUUCGUCUGCCUUGUCAACCCUGGCGAGGGCGAUGGUUUCAUGAGCUCCGAGUUCCAGUCCACACUGAAUUCGAAGAGCAUGCAGGAUGUUCCCGCCGAUGUUCUCAUGGGCAGCAGAGUCUCUAUUCGCCAUGUGAACACCCAAGGAGGCUACCUUCACUCUCACCCUCUGAUGUACCCUACUGGUAGCAAGCAGCAACAGAUCACGCUAUACCCUCACAAGGAUGAAAACAAUUUGUGGCUGCUCGAGAAUCAGACUCAACCACUGAACAUCAACGGCGAACCCAUCAACGGGACGGAUGCCUGGGACAAGUUGGAGCCGACAUUCAUUAAGAGCGGCGAUGUUCUCCGCCUAUACCACUUCAACACACAUCGCCGUCUGCACUCCCACGACGUGAGGCCCCCGGUCACCGAACAGGACUGGCAAAACGAAGUUUCUGCAUAUGGGUACGAGGGAUUUGAGGGCGAUGCGAACGACUACUUCCGAGUCGAGAUUGUUGGGAAGCAGUCUAAGUCCGGCGUUGCUCAAGAGCGAGUGCGUACGAUCGAGACAAAGUUCAAGCUGGUCCACAUCAUGACUGGCUGUGUCCUGUUCUCGCACAAGGUCAAGUUGCCUGAUUGGGCCUCCGAGCAACAAGAAGUCACCUGUGCCAAGGGUGGCACGCUUCCCAACAGCCUAUGGUACGUUGAAUACAACGAGCACCCAGUUCUCGGUGCCGACGCCGAGAAGGUGAACUACCAGAACCCCGGCUUCUUUGGCAAGUUCUGGGAGCUCCAACAGGUGAUGUGGAGGACCAACGCCGGCCUGGUCGAGUCGCAUGCUUGGGACUCUCGCCCUAACUCGUGGCCAAUUCUCAAGCGAGGUAUCAACUUCUGGGGCAAAGACCACCGCCAGAUCUACCUCAUCGGCAAUCCAAUAGUCUGGUGGAGUUCCACCCUGGCUAUCGUUGUGUACGUCCUCUUCAAGGGCGUCGCUGUCCUCAGGUGGCAGCGGAGCUACAAGGACUACGAUAAUGUCACGUUCAAACGUUUCGACUACGAGAUUGGAAUGUCUGUGCUCGGUUGGGCGUUCCACUACUUCCCCUUCUACCUGAUGCAGCGUCAGCUCUUCCUUCACCACUACUUCCCGGCUCUGACUUUCGCCGUCAUCGCUUUGUGCCAGACAUUCGACUUUCUGACAGCUCGAGUCGCGGCUCUGGGCAUCCGAGAGAACUCAAUCAUCAACAAGACGACAACCACGAGCUUCUUGGUCCUGUCUGCCGCCGUGUUCAUGAUCUACGCACCUCUCGCAUACGGAAAUACUUGGACGAAAUCGGAGUGCAAGCGCGUGAAGCUUUUCGACUCAUGGGACUUCGAUUGUAACACGUUUUACAACGACUACUCGCAGUACAACACUAUCGGAGGAGUCCCAGCAGCGUCCGCAACGUCCAAGAACUCGGUGCCGAGCUCCAAGGCGCCAGAGGCAGCUGCGGUCCCGCCGCCAGCCGGCAAGCAGCAGGAGCAACUGCAGCAGGAGCAGGCGCAGAAGCCGAUCCAUGACAAGGAGGAAUUCUUCAAGGGUGACGCAGCGGGCAUCAGCGGAGCACCGGCCCCGCCGGGCCAGCGGCUGGUGAAGCGCGAGGAGCGGAUCGAGUACCGCGACCAGGACGGCAACAUACUUAACGAGGAGCAGGUGAAGUCGCUGGAGGGCAAGGUCGAGUUCAAGACGCGGUACGAGACAAGGACGCGCAUGGUGGACGCCGACGGCAACGAGUUCGAGGCGCCGCUCGGCGGAGAAGCCGGGGAGCCGGUGGCGGUGGCCCCGCCGCACCCGGACGUUGAGGGCGUCGACACGCAGACGGCGCAGAAGCAGAAGGCUGCCGGCGAGGAGGAGGUGGUCCCGCCUGCGAAGGAGAGUGUUGAGGGCGACCACGAGGCCAAGGCCAAGGCUGCGAAGCCUGCCAGCGAGAAGAAGGAGGCCAGCAAGGAGGCCAGCUCGGCGUCUUCAUAG